AUGGAAUCACAGUUCAUGAGUUUUCAACGAGCUCAACUGGAGAAGGGUAUGAGUUUCGUAUUGGAGUUAAUUGCGAGACGUUUUGGAGUGAAACCUGGCAGGCUGUGCAAUAUGGAUGGUCAUCGUAUCCGUGACGUUCGUGACCUGAUGUCUCGUGGUGCCUAUGUUCUUAUUCCUGCAGCACAGAGAUUUCGUGAAACGUGGUACUUUCUACCGGAUAACGCAAUUGACACCAGCGGGGAUUACGAGCGAAUAUUGGAGCGAAGUGAGCAACGAGAUCGCCUGAUCCAACGUCGCGAACGGCAUGAAACCGCAAUCCAGCAGAACCAACAGAACGCUCAACGCUCCAAAUCAACAAUGCUCAUCAAGGAAAAGAAACGAUAUUUGAAUGACGAAUCUGAAUCAAAUUCUCUUUUCACCAGAUCACGAACACUUCCAUCGCCAAGUCGAACGCGUUCUCGGGAUCGACACGAAUUCGUGGAAGAUUCGAGGAUUGAAGCCGACCAACAUUACGAUCGUCGCAGAAUCAAUAGAAGCGGAAAAGUCAUAGGCACGAUCGGCAAUUAA